CAUUUCAGUCAGUGCAGCGCUGUCAAAUAAAAAAUUGCAAAUUAAAAAAAUUGAUAAUCGCAUCAGUGUAAACAAUUUAGCGGUAAAAUUUAAUCCGCGUAGAUGUGUUUAAAAUCUUAAUCAAUUACCUAUCGAUCACGUACGCGAUAUCCGAUCCAAAACGAUGAAUUCGAAUGGAAUUGUAAAUAAAUAUUCGAAUACGCCGGUUUCCAAAUCUUCUGAUGCUAUUUUCGUCAAAACUACUAUUCCUAGAAAAAGGGAGGAGUUGCUGAAAUGGAACGGAUGGGGAUACAAAGAUUCGCGUUUUCUCGUGAAAGAUGGGAUAAUACAUUUUUCUGGCUCAAGGUACCCGAUUGGGGAAUUGUCACUGCCGUACUUUACACAAUGGGUUGAGGACGUUCUCGGUGUCGAUCUCAGCAAACCGCACACGUCUAAAGAUCAACCUGUCGAAGAAGAAUGUCCUUAUCCUUUAAUAAGCAACGAUAAUUACAAACAGAUUGUGCAUUUAAACGUGCCUUUUUCCACGAAAGGCAUUGAUCGUCUAAUGAGAGCUCACGGGCAUACAGUAUAUGAUAUUUAUACUUUGAAAGAGUCGUUCUUUGACCGAAUACCAGAUGUGGUUCUUUGGCCAAGUUGCCAUGGUGAUGUAGUUAAAAUUGUCGAUGCAGCUGACAAGAAUAAUAUGGUUGUGAUACCCUUUGGUGGUGGUACUUCAGUAACGGGGGCCGUUGAGUGUCCCAAAGAUGAGAUGCGAACAAUUAUUAGUUUGGACACCUCUCAAAUGAAUAAAAUUUUAUGGGUGGAUAGAGAAAAUUUGGUAAUCUGUUGCGAGAGCGGUAUUAUUGGGCAGGAUCUCGAGAGAGAGCUGCACACGAUGGGUUUUACGGUGGGCCAUGAACCUGACAGUUACGAAUUUUCUAGUUUAGGUGGGUGGGUCGCCACUAGAGCAUCGGGAAUGAAAAAGAACACAUAUGGAAACAUUGAGGAUUUGCUGGUCCACGUCAAGAUGGUUACCCCUAAAGGUGUCUUGGAAAAGAAUUGUCAGGUGCCGAGAAUGAGUUGCGGCCCCGACUUUAACCACAUAGUGCUGGGAUCCGAAGGAUGCCUCGGUGUAAUAACUGAAGUUAUACUGAAAAUACGCCCACUGCCCAAGAUGAAGAAGUACGGAUCAGUUGUGUUUCCCGAUUUCGAAUCGGGGGUGAGGUGUAUGCGUGAGGUCGCCAAGCAGCGCUGCCAACCUGCCUCAAUCAGACUUAUGGAUAAUGCCCAGUUCAAGUUCGGUCAAUCUUUGCGGCCCGUUCCCGGAUAUUUUGGUCUCAUUUUUGAUGGUUUAAAAAAAUUGUACAUAAAAAAAAUUAAAGGUUUUAACUUUGAUUCGAUCUGUGUUAUGACCCUAUUGUUCGAGGGUGACGUAAAAGACGUCCAAAUGCAAGAGAAGAAAAUCUACGAAAUCGGAAGCAAGUUUGGAGGUAUUCCAGCUGGACAAACAAAUGGGGAACGAGGCUAUAUGCUUACUUUUGUAAUUGCUUAUAUAAGGGACUUAGGUCUGGAGUUUAACGUUCUCGCAGAAUCGUUCGAAACGUCUGUUCCUUGGGACCGUGCAGUCUCUCUGUGUCGAAAUGUAAAGUACGUGGUCGGUGAGGAGUGUAAAAAGCUGAACAUUGAGCAUUACCUGAUGGCAGCGAGGGUUACUCAAACGUAUGACGCCGGUUGUGUUAUCUACUUCUACUUCGGCUAUAAUUAUUCGAAUAUAAAAAAUCCUGUGGAGGUUUACGAGCAGAUCGAAGAGAAGGCGCGCGAUGAAAUAAUCGAAAGUGGUGGGAGCAUAUCACAUCAUCACGGCGUUGGAAAGAUUCGAAGGAAAUGGUAUCCGGGUACCAUUUCGGCCAUUGGCGUUCAAUUGUUUAAGGCCACAAAGCAAGAACUUGAUCCAAGAAAUGUGUUCGCGUGUGGGAACAUUUUAAAAUCCAAGUUGUAAUUUGUGAGCGAAUUUUUUUACAUUUUAUUAUUUUCAGAAGACGUUUUUAUGUAUUUAUUUUAUUUAUAUAUUCGUAAAUUGAUACCAUAGAAAUAGAAUGUAUGAAUUUUUUUACGAUGAUUUUUAAGUAUUCUGGCUUGUCGCAGGUCAAUUGUUAAUAAUUUUAAUGAGUAAUAAAUCGCAAUAUGUACAUUU